CUUUUUCUAAAAAAAAAAAUAAAUAAAUAAUAUUUAUAUGAUGAUUAUAUGAACAUGCAGAUUGUCGAUUUGUUGAUUGGUGAUGAUGCCGAAGCUGCUGAGAUAAUAAACACUAAUCCUAUAAACACAAGUGGAUUCACACCUAGAGAUAUUCUAGAUCUUAUUCUUCAAAACGGCACCAGUAAUGGACUAAACGACAUCAAAAUGAUCGAAACAUUUCAAAAGGCAGGAGCACUCAAGUCCAAAGACCUCCAACAAAACCCUAAUAAAAAACCUCAAACAAACCAUAAUACUAAUACUAAUACUCGCAAGUGUUCCUCUUUUAGAUUUAUUAUACACCUUUGGGGAGAACUAACGAAAGAAAUCGAAGAGUCCUCCAUCGAAACCCAAAACGCACUUAUGGUCGUUGCCGUUUUGAUAGCAACCAUGACCUACCAAGCCAUACUAAGCCCUCCCAGUGGCUUCUCCUCAUCAAUUGAUCAGUCCGCGAACCACUACUCCAAACACGACGCCGUUUCCACCAAGAAAGCCAUUAAUGUUGGAGAAGGAGAAGCGGUCAUGGCGAGUGACCCCCACGUGUUUGUUAUAUUUACGGUGUUUAAUGCCAUUGGGUUUUUUGCUUCUCUUGGGAUGAUUUCUGUGCUCACAAGUGGGUUUCCUCUAAGGGCUGGGCUGAGACUCGCUAUACUUUCCAUGGUUGCCACUUAUGUUAUAGCAGUUUUCUAUGAGGCUCCCACGAAGAUGAGGACAGUUUUUGUUGUGCUGUGGUUGAUGGGACUUGUUGUUCUUUUUGAGCUUGGGAGGUUCGCCUUUUGGUUUCUCAGAAAAUGUGGAGUUGUGAAAUUUAAAACUGGAUUAAGAAGAAGAAGAAGAGCUUUAGCUGAUCAUCAUGUUGAACAAAAUGAUCAUGAGUUGGACUUUUGAAACCUUGUAAAUUUAAUGUCUUUUUCUUUUUGCCAUUUAAAUGGCUUUUAAUUUGAGAAUAAUAAAUAAAUAUGUUGCUCAUCAUGAGGUAGUAUGUAAUAAAAUAAUUGCGAUUGGUUGAAAUAAUCCACCACAUGUCAUUGGGGAUAAUGUUUGGUACAUAUAACAAUCAAGUUAUGUGUAGAGAAGUAUUG